AUGUCAGAUGAUGAGAUUAAGCAGUUGUGCUUAAUGGAUAUAGACAAGAUCUUACAUUCCUAUGGUAAAACCUUGAAAGACUAUCCUCCUAUGCCUUUAGCAACUGAAGUUGAUAGUUCUUUGUUAACCGAAAGGGUUAUUAGGGAAGAGCUAAACUUUAACAGGGAUGAUUUAAAGAAAAAUGCCUCAGACAUGUUAGCCAUCGCAACACCUGAGCAGAGAUAUGCAUUUGAUAAAAUUGUUACAGCUGUGUAUUGUGAUGAAGGGAGGUUUUUCUUUGUGUAUGGUCAUGGGGAUACUGGAAAAAUAUUUCUCUGGAACCUUAUGUCUGCCGAGAUUCGCUCAAGGGGUGAUAUAGUGUUAAACGUUGCUUCGAGUGGUAUUGCAUCUUUACUUCUUUCCAAUGGAAGAACGGCACACUCAAGGUUCAAAAUACUGCUGAAUAUAACUGAGGAUUCUGUAUGUAACAUCAAACCUGGUUCCCCUCAAGCAAUGUUGCCGUUGAAAGCCAAACUUAUAAUUUGGGAUGAGGCUCCAAUGGUUAGUAGGUACUGCUAUGAAGCGCUUGAUAAAUGCUUGGGUGAUAUCAUGAGGUGUUCUCCAACAUAUAGCAAAGAUUUUCCCUUUGGAGAAAAAGUGGUUGUACUAGGUGGAGACUUUAGACAAAUUCUUCCUUUCAUUCUUCGAGGAUCGAGACAAGACAUCGUUCAUUCAACUGUGAAUUCGUCUUAUCUUUGGAAGUUUUGUCAGGUGCUCAAACUAACAAAAAACAUGAGACUCUCUGUAGGGACGACUGCUUCAGAUCAAGAUGAGACAGAGCAAUUUGGUGAGUGGUUAUUGAAAGUUGGUGAUGGUCUAAUAGGUGACAAUAUGAAUGGUGAAUACAUUGUUGAAGAGAUCAACAACCAUCUGAUGGCUAUCAUUCCUGGAGAGACAAAAUUAUAUUUUAGUUCGGAUUCCAUUUGUAUGGAUGAAGAGAAUAUGGAGAGUCAACUAGAUAUCUAUAGUCCUGAAUUACUGAAUAGCAUAAAUUGCUCUGGUUUGCCUCCACAUAAAUUAAUACUCAAGGUUGGUGUUCCGGUGAUGUUACUGAAGAAUAUUGACAAAUCCAGUGGUCUUUGUAAUGGUACAAGGCUACAAGUUAGGAAGCUUGGAAAUCAUGUCAUAGAAUAUGAAGUCUUAACGGGUAACAAUGUUGGUCAUAUUGCUUUGAUUCCAAGAAUGAAUAUGGUACCAACAAAUGAAACCGUCCCAGUUAGAUUCCAAUGA